UAUGCCCUGUAUCUAGAUUCAGAGUUCUUUAAAUUUCCAGCUAGGGUAUCGUUCCUUGUCGAUCUAACGAGUAUUCGGAAUGAUGUUACGAUUCCCUUGGUACGAAGCUUGUUUACAAUUGCGAUGAAUUAAAUAGCAUCGUGAACCGGGGCGGAACCAAUAUGUACAAAACAAAUAAAACUGAUGCAAUAGUAACGUACGGAAUGACGUCACCAGCGUACAAUUCCUCAAUCAGUGUAACAGUGAGGAUUACGCGAAGAAGCGCAACGUGGCAACCAAUAACGGUACACCACAUAUAACGUACUUCCCGUUGACCAGUCACGUUUAAGCGUAGCGCGGACCGCUUUUCCGCGAUGCUCUUCGACCGGUCGAAUGCUGCACUCCGUCAGUUUGAUUACAUCAGCUAGAAAGUGCAGAACGUGAAAUCUCUUCAACGGGUGUUAUGUGUCGGAUCAAUCGUUACCAGACGGUCCAAGGAAUGAGAGAUUCGAGGGAAGACAUCGCCGCAACGUACAUCUGAAAUAAGUGACAGAAGCAAGUUCAUUUCCGUAUUGCAUGGCAUAUUAUGAAUGUUUUGAAGAGCGUCGUCAUCGCACUGCCCAAGGGCCUGUCCAAGACGCCUAGCCUCGUCUCCGACAACCAACUAUCGAAAUCUUUGACGAAAUUUAAUUUUACUACCUCUAUAUUGACGGACAAGUCGAACAUGGACACGAAGAGAAUGACCAAACACGAAGAGGUCCAGGAUGAAGGCAUGCUAUUCAAGACAGAUGUGUGCGUCCGUGGAAAAAAACGUCGAUUGGAUCACUUAACGUGGGAAGAAAAACUGCAACGAAAGAAACUGAAAAAUAGAGUAGCGGCUCAGACUUCUAGGGAUCGCAAGAAGGCUAAACUAGACGAAUUGGAAGAUACAGUUAGAACGUUAAGGGAACAGAACGAUUUGUUGAUGCAAGAGUGCACUGUGUUAAGGUCACAGAACGAGUUGUUGGUCACAGAAACAAAAAGAUUGAGGAAGGAUAAGGAUACGAAGAGCGCAGAAGUGUCUAUCUGUUCGAUGUGCCAGAGUCGUGUCGGUUGUGCUGUAUCGCCGCUGGGAUCUACAGUGUCCCCCGCAUACCCUCUGCAGCAGGGUGGAACAACACAGCUGGCACCGUCUCUGACGCUAACCCCAGGUGCAGCAAUUUCUGAAAAUAUUGACCAGUUACCUCCUCUUGAAGAACUGUUUGGUGACCUCCAAGGAGACGAUUACAUCGAACGACUUGAAGAACUUGCAGAAAGCCUUUUGCGAGAGGUUACCGCAGAAGUGGAAGCAAAUCCUUGUAGAACAAAUGAACAAGUGUCAGUCAAGAAAAAUACCAUUGAGAAACGUGACCAUACGAAAGGAGUGGUGGGGCAGGCAUCAAAAAAUGUGGAAGCCGAUCGAACCUCUAGAAGCAUGAGCUCGUACGACGAACUGUGGCAUCCUGUUACCAGCACAGUCGCUACACCAUGUACCGUCAACACAAGCGCACCUCCAGUGUCAAUAAAGUCGGAAGUCGAAGUAAAACAAGAAGUCGAUACGCACGAUUUGGACACCGUUUACGGCACUUACGACGAAACUACAAAUUCCAUAACGAUCAUUUAUCCGGGCGACGAGAGCAACGUGGGCAUUCAAGAGUGCGUUCAGGAAGUAAGCACGGACGGUGGUUGCUUGACCGAGGACUCGUCGUACGUCACGUCCAAUUAUUAUUACUCCCAUAAAUUGUCACCGUCCUACACAUGCACGGAUUCUAUGUCACCGUCGAGCAUAUAUUCCGCAGACACGGAUAAUGGCUUUACACCCACGAAAUUAGACUCGAACGCGUCCGACUGCGGAUACGAGUCGCAUAAUUCACCGACGCCCGAUAUACGUAACGAAAAAACUACAGUGGCCCUGUCUGACCUUUGGCACGAAAGCUUUUCCGAAUUAUUCCCAACGUUAGCCUGACAGUUGCGUUAAGAGGGAAUGAGAAUUGUCUCUGCUGUGUCUGUGAUACAUUUAAACCCUAGUUCGAGAACGACAAGUUCUUACUUUCGAUUAAAUCAUUACUCGCUCGAGACGUAUUCGGUUUACGUGUCCCCGGAAGGGACCGAUACGCCACAAAUUGUAACACUAAUAGCACUUCGCAUACAGUUAAACGUACAAUUUAUAUGUAUUUUUACAUAUGUAUUCGUAAAAUUAAGUUUAUUUAAAAAAAAAAAUAACACCCAUUGUUCUUUUUUUUUUACUUCGUCUUAGAAAUUUUAUAGAUAUGUUUAUUCGCAACGAUCGAAUGUUCAUGUAUAUAAUAUUUAUUAAAUGUUUAUUAGUAACAACUGGAGUAUUGCUGUGCAACAGUAUGCCGAAUAAAACUAAAAGCUAAAUUU